ACGACCUCACAUUCCCACUCCCGUCUCUGGAAUCACCGCAACGUUCGAAGACCGGAAGCGCAGAACAUCGGCACCAUGUCUACCCGCAGGCCCCAAUUCAACCAGCAGGUGCUCAUUGACACCACCCCAUUGCCCGAUGAUAUCCCCGCCGUGAAGGAGGUCGGUGCUAGCUCUGCGCCUCUUCUGUCUGCCUCCUUCUUCAUCGGUGCCCGGUGCCGCGACUACAACGAUGACUACAUGCAAUGCAAGAACGAGAACCCCGGCCGAGGAGAGAUCGAGUGCUUGAAGGAGGGCCGACGGGUCACUCGAUGCGCCUCCAGCGUCAUUCAGGACAUCAACACCCACUGCCUCGCCGAGUUCCGUAAACACUGGGAGUGCCUGGACGACCGGAAUCAUCAGCUGUGGCAGUGCCGCCCUGCUGAGUGGAAGCUCAACAAGUGUGUCUUUGACAACCUGAAACUCGAGAAGAAGGUUCCCGACCAGCCCACCAACGUCACCCCCGUUCACCUUCGACCAAAGCAGAUCUUUGCCGACGUGCGCAUCGGCCCUGGCGACGGCAAGCCCUUUAUCCCGGGGCAGGAGGAGGCGAAGCAAUAA